AUGAAAAGAGGAUUAAUUCUAAGUCUUGCUGCUUACUCAGGCACAUCAUAUUAUUUCUUAAAGCAUCCUGAAAUUCUUCACCGCAAAAAAGAAAAACUAAGGCUUCCCUAGUUGAAAGAAGGUCAGACUAAGUAUCUUAUUGCCCACAGAGGAGGUUCAUGUGAAAAUCCAGAAAAUACUUUGCAAGCAUUCUAGCAUUCUGUUGAAUUGGGAGUUCAUGUUUUAGAAACUGAUGUGAGAUUGACUAAAGAUGGUUAAUUAGUUACUUUUCAUGAUGUAGAUUUCUACAGAAUGAGCAACAAGAGUGAUAAAGUUUGUGAUACAAAUCUUGAUGAAAUGCCUUUGAUUUAGGAUAAGCUAGGUAUACACUUUUCAAGGAGCGAAAAGUUUUAACUCAAGCCUCAUCAUAAUAGAUAGUUCACAACCCUCGAGAAUCUUUUAUUGACUGUACCAAAGGAUGUAGUGGUAUAAAUAGAAAUCAAAGACUAGUACAAUCAAGAAGCUUUGUAAAAAACGAUAGACUUGAUAAAAAAACACGGAAGACAAGAUACAACUAUUAUCGGAACGUAAAAUCUUUCUCAAUCAACCUAACUUCAUAAACUUGAUUAAGAGAUUCCUUUAUUUAUUCCAGGCGAAAAUGCAGUCAAAUAUAUGACUUUUUACUUUUUGGGUCUGCUUCCAUUCGUUCAUAUUUAAGAAGACUCUGCUUCUUUUCCAUAUAUGACAAGAGAUUAUCUAAACAUGAAAAUUAUAGAGGCAAAGACCAUAACAUGGAAAUUGUACCCAUAUAUCUUAGCAACUAUGAUUUUCAACUACUUUUGCGAGCCUAUGAUUAAGCAUCUUAACCAAAGAGGUGUCUUUACUAAUUACUGGGUUUUAAAUGAUGAUGAUGAGAUAAGAAGAAUUAUUAGACAUUCCAAUAUUAUGGGAAUAAUGUCAGAUAGACCAGCAAGAUUGGCUCAAAUCCUAAGGGAAGAAAAUGACCUUAUGCAAGAACUUAAAACCUCGAAAUUAUCCAAAGAAUUAGCAAUUUGA